UGAACAGAACCACGAUUUCGUCGCUGCUCUUGUAUAACAGUGACCCUUACGACCGCUCACAUCAUUUCGAGCUCAUUCCUAAAGAAAGCUUCGGUCAUCCCGCUUGUCCUCAUAACUACACCAGCUUACCCAUGAAAACCCUGCCGCCAAUCACCAAUCAGCGAUGGAGAAGACAAGGUGUACAGACAUUGGGGCAUCUCAUACAAUGUCUUCCGAAGGCAUACAUGCAGCCCGUGGGGAUCCAACAGACUGUUUACCUUGCGAAUUUGGGGGGUAUUACAACUACUGUGAUAUGGUCUUCGCAGUAGACGACGUUGAGAGCUGGGUCGAACAUAUCGUCAAUGUACACCUCCAAGGCAAACUACCCCAGAAAGCGGUCUGCUGGUUCUGCGAUGAUAUUGUCUUCGAUUCUGAGCGUACUAAAGACCGUCGUGUGAAUUUUGACCAGAGGAUGCGGCAUAUUCAUGCGCAUAUUCUCGAAGGGAAGGGAGUCAAUGAUAUGCGUCCCGAUCAUUGCCUCAAUGUACAUCUACGCGAACACCAAUUGAUAGAAGAAGACGCGUUCAAUAUUACGCGCAGAUACUCCGAGGUUCCUAUAUUUAUCCAGGCGCUGCACGAAAUAGGUCCCCAGACCCGUCGAAAGAUUCAUUCUCCUAUUCACCAGCUUGGACGACUUGAUGAACUUGAUGAUGAGUCUCCUCGUGCGUAUACUUCAUCAAAAGCUGGGAGGUCUAGGAAAUCUAGGAAAUCUAAUAUUGCAUCUAAAGCUGGACCCACGCCAGCACUCGCCCAAGAUGCUCUUAAGUCGCAGAGCUCCCCAGUCCCAUCAACGUCAGCAGAGCAGCCAAUUCCGGCAUCUAGUAAACAUCUCGAGGGCCACAAUCGGGAUACCUCGAUGUCCGACCACGUUCUGAUAUGGAAACUGUCAGAAUAUAGUAUCAUUCGGUUCAAGAAAGCCACCGAGGGCCUUGAAGAAGAUGACCAACGUAUAUGGCCUAACUGGGAAAAAUGCAUCAUAACACAAGAUGAUUCUCUCUCAAAGGAGGACGCCCGUGAACAUAUUCAGCAGCUAAACAAGAUCUUAAAGCUCACUGACAAGCAGGUGAAUAUACCUACGGCACUCAAGAGGCACGUCGACUUGGUCCUGGAAAGGCUCCAGACUCAUGACCCCGACAAAGUGAACUUUCACUGGACUCUUGAGCAGCUAGAGCACGGACUGAAGACAGUUAACAAGGCUGUAUUAGAUCACAUCGGACAUGCUAGCUCAACAGGGAAAAGAUUUCUACGAAAUAUCAAUCGAAAGAAGGCGUAUGAACGAGUCUCUUUGACCGCGUAUUUCAAACGGAGUCCACGACCAGGUGUUGAUCUCUGGAAAGUAUGGGAGACUACAAAAUAUAAUUCAAAUAAUCCAGCCAAAGCCAUUUUAUACUUUCCCAAACCCCAUGAAGGAGAGCAGCACAAUGUUAUAGCCAAUACGGAGUUCGACAAGGAUGACCUUCUUUAUCCGUAUGACUCAGACGAGUCUUCAGGUUUAGGGCCAGAGGAGAACGUGGACAAUCAUAGAGAGAGUCAGCAAAUAGAUGAUGAACGUGAAGAAAGAAAGAAAGCCCAUGAACACGCAAGCAAGACCAAUACAAUCACGGUAGAGCAAUCGUUCAUGUCAAAUUCUGAAUUUGACUCUGGUUACAGAUCCUUGUCGAACGCGAAACAGACUUUGGAAUCUGUUAACGAAAUAGAGCCUCCAACAUAUCAAAAUUUCUUAUAUUCAGAAGCAGGGAGCCUAGAUGGACGGACCGACAAUUACGCUCAGUAUCUCGCAGAUGAAUUGAUUGCCAAGCUCAAUAAUGAGCUCAAAGAUGUAGAUUGGGCUAAGUUUCGAAUAUCCCUAUCCAGGUUACUUCAAGAGUUUGCAAUCCGAGUGGGCAACGAAGGGGAAACACAAAGCCACAGGGACCUAAUGUAUUGGACCCAUAAAUGGCACGAGGACAUUGUGAAGCAUAUAGAGAAACAACAAGUGCUGUGUGACAAGGACUACGAAGAUGAGCUGCAAAAGAAAGAAGGGGAUCCAGACUGGCGAGAUCGUAUUGGUUUACUUUUUGAUAGAGACGAUCAAGAUUGCACCCUAGAUCCUAUAUCCAGCACCGAGGGAAAGGCUCUGGCCUCUAUUGAGAUUGAACCAUACCAACAAAUUGUCUCACGCUCUCGAGCCUUCGAGUGGCUGGUAUUUUCUAUCCGAAAUUCUAUAAUUCUAGAUACUGUCAAUGACAGUGCUAUGGAUGCAGUGAAACAGCGGAUCUUACAGAAGCUCGAGCUCCAUGAUCAGAAACGUGGUUACGGCGCAGCUCGAAUCAGUCGGCACAGAAAUCCAGCCAGCUAUCGCGCCAGUUUCACCCUCGAUUGGCCGUCUACGAGAAAUUACCAGGAGGGGAACUCGUUCAAAUCCCUGUCCGAUAUUUUUGAACGCGUUCUGACGUUCACAGGUGAGUCCAAGCGAGCACAGGCUUUACUUUGUGAGGACUAUAUUUGUCAGACUUGGCCAAGCACCGGGCCAUUUCUCAUUCAAUCAGUCCUAAAAGCUUUAAAUCGCGAUACCAAGAGGAAUGGAGCAAGUGGUUCGUUGCAAGAACGAGAUAGCCUGAUCAAGAUCCAGAUAUCUGAGGGGGUAAUGCGCGUCCAUCGUCAAGGCAAUGCUUUCGAACUAGCAGAGACUGGGAUGCAGCUAGCAUGGCUUGCCAGCGCUCUACUCCCACAGCCGAAGUUUAACCAAGGCAUCAUUUGCAAACCAAGGGUGUGUUUCAGCCGACUUGAUUCAGAAAACGACACAAAAUACCAGGGUGAAGCUGAUGACUUCUGCUGUCAUUUUGAAGUCACAACGACUACAUUUGACUUAGGUAAGGUAUCUAGCGAGAACGGGAACUGCUGGCAGACAGUUAUGAAUAAUUUCGUCAUUGUAGACGGAUUUCCGAUCCGUUCUCGCCCCGGAGGAAAGCCUGGCCUAGAUAUCCCGCUGAAUAUUGCGGCCGACUUUAUUGGAACACGGAAAGUCAUCCAUUUCAAGGGUCGGCCGCUAAUCAAGGGGUUUUCAACAAUGCUCUGCCCUAUCAGCUCGGAAGAUGGGGUUGUGUAUUGGCACGUGCUCAAGUCCGGGCAAGAAAGGAUCUCAUUCGCAGAUGGGAGGAUUGACAGGAUGUCUACCAUUAAACCGGGAAGUUUGAAGGUGCGCGAUCUGGAGAACUCCCGCCACGUCAUCGGUUGGUGCACAGAAGUUAAGCAAAUCGCCGGGACCAUUGACGCCAAUCUUGACAUUCGUCGUACAAAUUUGAAGCAGCCACCCAAUGAAUGGGCCUUGAAGGAGAUUCAAGUCGGCGGAGGUCAGUACAUUAACGUCCUAGCUACCUUUGCCGUCCGAAAAGAACAGAAAUCUCUACACAUCGAACGUGAUCGCUCAGACUACAGCGGCAACAUGGAGUGGAUUGCAAAGCGACAUAUUAUUCUACAUGAUACGGAGGCAUCCGAGAGACGAGCUUGGCUUAUAGAUGGUGCUAGUGCUUUGCUGUAUUUAGUGUUCACGUCACUUUGGAAGAAUCAGCAUGGUGUAAUGCGGGACUCUUACACAUUCGAUUUUCAGCAGCUAAAGGGAUUCUUCGGCAGCCGCCCAUCAGGAAUGGUAACCUCGCUUUCAGUCCUGAUGAACCCAAAAUUCCUGGGCACUAGGUUGCGUGCUCGGGACCCCAUGAACCCCUCGGAUUGGUACUUGUUGAGGAAUAGGGUAGAUGAAAUCUUCGACCUACUAGCCCAGAUGAUUGACCACCAGGAAGACGUCAACCCAGAUAGUGGUUUGGGACACUUCGUGUCCUUUUCACCUUGGAAACAUCACGUUGGAUGGGCCUUUUCCGACAUUGCGUCCCCUGGAGAGCCAUGCAAUCUGAAAACGACGUAUCUUAAACAACAUGGCGAAGGCUGGGCAUACUUCGCUCGUGAAUUACACGCUGUAACCUUAUUCGGCCAUGGGUUCGGAGACUUAUUACGGCCUGCCAUAGUGACACCAGACCCGUGUAAUCGCUGCCUUUGGGGAUCAUUGGCUCCCAAAGGAGGCGAUAUCCUUGCAGUAUCAUUGGAAGAUCUCAAGUUGCACUCUGAAUCAAGCGAUCAGCGUCGGCUCGAAACUAGAUAUAUCCUCGGUCAGCGAUUAUCCGAGGCGUCACGGGACAGUUGCUUCAGAGCUUGUUCUUCCGGUAGCUGCACCAGCCAGCGAAUCCAAACUUUUCACAGAGUCCCAGGAAAGGGUUACGAUCCUAUAUGGGAAGACGCUAGUUUGCCUGAGUUAGAUGAGAGAUGUUCAAGCAAUAGCAUUAAUGGCGCGGCAUUGCUGGGUGUUCGGCCCACGACUUCCACAAAGUGGAGAGCCAGUAGGAGGAAGCGUGAUCAAAAACAGCCAGAUGGCUUACAUCAGUCUCAUAUAGACUCAGAUGAGCUUUGUGUCGCAGAUGGCGGCUCCAAUAGUACUAACGAGAGCUCCAGCAUUACUCUUAGUCAUGAGUCGAUGCAGAUGACUUCACUUCAAACUCCAUCAACACCAGGGUCGAGUGUGUCGAGACAGCUAGAUUCUUCAUUUACCAUAGAUGAAGGUAUAACAAGUAUACCAGCCCAGGUUUCCAAAGGAAAAACUCCUAUUCGGAGGAUACAUGCGGAGGCCCACGAUUGGGUCCACAAACUCAAGCUGCCAAGAAAAACUAGCAAAGGGAAUUCGACAGAAUCGAGUUGAUCCGCUUAUCAUGCGACUACAGUUCCUUCUACAUAUACGCUUAUGAAAUCUUUUCAAAGGGUGGGGGAAAAAAACAUAAAAAACGGUCGACUUUAAACCCAGGGGUGAGAGAAGCUUCACUUGCAAGUUUGAGUAGAGCGAGCUUAAACAACAUAUUGUGUUGGUAUUUUAUCAUAUUCACGAAGCCUUUGGUCAAUCAAAGAUUGAUGAGAUAGGUGCA